AUUUAGUGGAGGCUGGCUUAUUCUCUGCAUCCCUUUCCCUACGGAUUGCUUGUUUGCUGGGAGUGUCAUCGGGACGGGGAUGAGGGAAGCAGAGCUGUGGGAUCAGCGGGUGCUGUGCGUGGAAAAGUGCUGCAGAAGUUGGUACAGAUCCGUGGAAGUGGGGGGCUGUGGGGCGCCUGGCAGCACUGAGAGUGGGCAGAGCUGCAGGAGUGCAUGGAAAGUACAGAUGGCCCAAAGGGAAGUGGCCCAAAGGGCUGAAGAUGGGCUGAUGUAAUCAGCGUAGUGCCAGCCAAGCAGGACGUUGCUGCUUGUAAAUCACGGGGCAAAGGGCUGCUGUUAGAGAGAGAAAAAUGCUGGUGCUCGGUAAGGGAACCAGACAGAAAAGACAGAGAAGGGUUUGGAUGAAUACAGGGAGGUCACAGCCACAAAAUGCUAACUGGCUUUAAUAAUUGAUGUUAAAGCUGGGCAGCUAAAUCUAAUUUGCUUGUAUUGUUUGUUGUUUAUUUAUGUUGUUUAUUCACUUUCCUGCUUCACCAGUAGGCACCAGGAGGCAAUUUCAGUUUUGUUUCCAAUCACUUUCGCUCUUUGGCUGUCACGUACUUUCAUGAUGUCAUUAUGUUUGGGCUGCAAAUGCUGCAGGGAAGUGUUUAACGCCAAACAAACUGUAUUAACUGACUUAAAAUGUCAUGGAAACAAUUCUAGUGCCAAUAGGCUUUGCAGAAUUUUUCUCUAAUUUUGAAGUUUGAAUUCCAUGAAUACUUUUUGAAAGCUCUCAAGUGUUUCUGCUGUAACAGCACUUCUUUUCCCCCCUCAUUUUGUAGGAAGUAGCCUCUUUGGGCAAAGCUUCAUUUCUUCAAGUUGAACAUAUUAGUUGCAAAAAUACCAGUUGUUAUUAAGAAUGUUAGUAAUGAUGGCAGAACAAAUCAUGGGGAAGAAAUGAGGUUGUGGGGGAAACAUCAAAUGAUUUCACCACGAGCCCCUUUUCUCGCUAGGAUGGAGUUGAUGAGAACUGAUUCACAACUUUGUAAACAGAACUCAACAGCUGAAUUGUUCUGUGUUGGAUUUUUGCUUCUUGUGGGACACUCAACAUGUUUUUAGGUGACCUUAUGGAAGGGGAACUUUAUUCUGCCCUCAAGGAGGAAGAAGCCUCUGAGUCAGUUUCAAGUACGAACUUUAGUGGUGAAAUGCAUUUCUAUGAGCUUGUAGAAGAUACAAAAGAUGGGAUCUGGCUGGUACAGGUCAUAGCAAACGACAGAAGUCCACUGGUGGGUAAAGUCCACUGGGAGAAAAUGGUGAAGAAAGUAUCGAGAUUCGGCAUACGUACUGGCACUUUUAACUGUUCCAGUGACCCCAGAUACUGCAGGAGGAGGGGCUGGCUGAAAUCCACCCUCAUUAUGUCAGUUCCACAGACCAGCACCUCCAAGGGAAAAGUAAUGCUUAAAGAAUACAGCGGGCGCAAAAUUGAAGUGGAGCACAUUUUCAAAUGGAUCACAGCCCACGCUGCUUCUCGGAUCAAAACCAUUUACAACUCUGAACAUUUAAGAGAAGAGUGGAACAGAAGUGACCAGUACCGUGUGAAAAUAUACCUAUUUGCCAGCCUCGACCAGCCUCCAGCCUUCUUCUCUGCACUAAGUGUAAAGUUUACCGGGAGAGUAGAGUUUAUUUUUGUGAACGUGGAAAACUGGGACAAUAAAAGUUACAUGGCAGAAAUUGGUAUCUACAAGACACCAUCCUACAUACUUAGGACUCCUGAAGGGAUUUACAGGUAUGGAAGUAAUGCUGGUGAAUUUAUAUCACUGCGUGCCAUGGAUUCCUUUUUGCGCUCGUUGCAACCAGAAGUUAACGAUUUAUUUGUUUUAAGCUUAGUUUUGGUUAAUCUGAUGGCUUGGAUGGACCUGUUCAUUACGCAAGGCGCCACUAUAAAGCGAUUUGUGGUUCUUAUAAGCACUUUAGGGACGUAUAAUUCACUCCUAAUUAUUUCCUGGCUACCCGUGUUGGGUUUUUUGCAACUACCUUACUUAGACAGCUUUUAUGAGUACAGUUUAAAACUCUUCAGGUACUCUAACACAACUACAUUGGCUUCUUGGGUAAGAGCCGACUGGAUGUUCUACUCUUCGCACCCAGCGCUCUUCCUCAGCACGUACCUUGGCCAUGGUUUGCUGAUUGAUUACUUUGAGAAGAAGAGAAGACGCAAUAACAACAACGAUGAAGUCAAUGCUAACAAUCUAGAGUGGCUCUCCAGCCUGUGGGACUGGUACACCAGCUACUUGUUUCACCCUAUCGCUUCCUUUCAACACUUCCCUUUUGACUCAGAUUGGGACGAAGACCCAGAUCUGUUCUUGGAGCGUUUGGCCUUCCCCGAUCUCUGGCUUCACCCUCUGAUACCAACAGAUUAUAUCAAAAACUUACCAAUGUGGAGGUUUAAAUGCCUCGGCAUCCAUUCGGACGAAACGCUGGAAUCCCUCCAAGACAGCGAAAGUGACUCUGACAGUGAGAACAGAGAGGUGUUCAGCAGUGAAAAAGACAUCUCGGAGGAGGACGAGCCAAAUGCAUUUCACAGGCGCAGGGCAGGAGAGCCUCGCUGCCGUGCCGACAGCUGUUCGUGUGCCAGUCCGUGUUGUCACAGGGAGCCUUGUGAGCGCAAAGCGAGGUCGUACGGGUCGUACAGCACCGCAGACGAGCCGGAUUGGUCAGCGUGGCCCCCUGAGAUGCUGCACUGCACGGAAUGCGUGGUGUGCCUCGAAAACUUCGAGAGGGGCUGCCUGCUCAUGGGCUUGCCGUGCGGCCACGUGUUCCACCAGAAUUGCAUUGUGAUGUGGCUGGCGGGAGGAAGGCACUGCUGCCCCGUCUGCAGGUGGGCUUCUUACAAAAAAAAGCAGCCAUACAUGCAACCACAGCCUUUGUCCAACGAUGCCCCGUCUUAGCCGUGCGUCCGUGUCCUGUGUCAGCUUUCAGGAUAUUACUGCUUGCCUUUUCAAUGUUAGUCACUUAAAAGAUUACGUGGUUUGAAGUUUUAGUUUAAAUGUUAGUGCAGUGAACUAAAAUAUACACGAUCUAACGUUAAUGGCAGAGUUAUUUGGUUGCCUUGUGUGUUGAACUGAAUGCAUUCUUACCGUACAAUAACUUCUUUCUUUUCAUCAUCCUGAAACUCGACGCUGUUUUUGUAAGCACAAAAUCAAACCUCCACCAGAAGCGUAUCCCAGCAAACGUUUACAAGUGAGGAUAGGGGGGGAAUCUAAAUUCUAACCGGAGAUGAUUGCUUAAUUUAAGUGUUUCUUAUUUUAGAGUCUGUUCAGCACAUCCUUGUUGAAUAAUGUACGUUAUAAGACAGUACCGUUUAAAAAGAGAUACGUGAAAUAAAUUAUUUUAAAAGGAGAUUUGUAAUGUUAAUUGUUUUGAUAAAUAUUUUGUGUGUAUAGUUACAGAUGUCUUGCUGGUCUGAUUUAUCUGUGAAGACAAUAAAAAUAUAACACAACUUUUGUGACUAAUAAAUCAUCUCCUAGG